AUGCCAGAACGAGUCCUCACAAUGGAGCGCGUCUUCACGAAAGAAGAAAUCGCCAUCUCGCCCGCCACCGGCAAGUCAAUCAGCCAACACGAAGCCGCAGGACUAAAAAGUCUAACUAAGGAACAACACCUGAGAUUCUGGGAGGAAGUCAUUUACUGGAAUAAAGAGCGCUUUACCGAGGCAAAAUGGCGGCAGGUCAAGAAGAACAUACUGCGCGCUAAGAAGGAACAUUGCAUGAAGGUGCUUGGGUGGGUUCCUCCCCCUCCGCCUGUACACUCGAUCGUUACUCCAGGCGGACAGCAACUACUUCUUUACAGCUCGUCUUCAUGGACUGCGCCAACGGGUGCUCACCCACUUCGCCCAGCACAUCUCCCGCGUUUCGAGACGGCGAGUCCGACUACGCCGCGGCCGCGAUGGGAGAUCUUGUCUUCGGGCCCUGGGACUCCACGCUCUGCUACUGCUGGGGCUAUCAAGAAUUCUUUUGCAGAAGGCGGGUUUUGGGAGUCACUCAUUUCACCGAAGACGCCUGUUACGGCUAUACCGAUUCCAACGACACCUGUUACCGCCGUCCCGCCUUCGCCAUGGAGUCCCAAUAUUCCUUCUAUAGACGCCGAAGCCAAGGCCACCUACGAAGACCUGAAAACCUCUGUCAACAAAAUGGCGCUGAAAGUGUGCGCGAGUCGCCAUACCCUCCGCCGGUCCUUCAAUAGCGAUAACGACGUAAUUCACCCCUCCAUGGUCCGUCCAAAAGACACCCUCCUUGCCGCCCAAGUCACACUCCGCUCCCUUCAACUGCAUCAACCUCUUUCGACGUACAUCGACGCUUCGCUACCACAAAAGCUAGACUCCCACGCGGACGACGAAGCGGGAGGUGCGAAGCAAUAUCGCAUUUACCGCCGAGAGCAACUAUAUGAUGUGGAUAGUUGGUUGCAGUUUGAUGCGCAGACGGGGGAGUUGACGACUAUACUGGAGGCUCAGCGCGAUUUACUCAAGAUGAACAAGGAUCGGCGGAAGAGUAGAGAGGCGGCGGUAGGCGAGAAAGGCAUAAAACUAGCAUGGGCUGUCAAAGUCGUAGAUGAUUGCCAGUACUUCGCCGACAUUGCCGCAGACGGGGAGAGCGAAGGCAGCGACGAGGGGUAUGAGUACGGUAACUUCGUCAGAAGUCUAGGAGAUGGCGAUGCCAAUUCCCUGCGGUCAAACAGCUCGACGCUGGACCUCACCUUGACCCUAACCAACAGUUCCAACGCCCGCAGCAGCGCCACAGAAGACAAUUUCAGCCUAACCCAACGCUCAUCCAGCAGCCCCAUCAAACCAACCCACGACCCCAACUCCGACACCUUACCACUCCGCACGCGGAACUACACCCUCUCCAACCCCAUCAAUUCAGCCAUCAACCCAAACAUCUACACACCACCCCCCUCCCACGCCCACAGCAUCCGCCGCAGCAACGCCACCGCAUCUGCCACCCCUUCCUCUUCCGCAUCCCGUCGUAACCGACAAGGUAGUCUCUGGAUCAACACUAGUCUUGCGAAUCCUUCAAUCAGCGCGGCUAGUACGAUGAGUCCGCAGGAAAGGGGGACUAGGCAUAAGGGACCCAGUAUUGAGGAUUUGAGCGGGUGGGCGGAGGAGCUGAAGAGGAUGGAGAGGAAGAGGGUGGAGAUGAGGGGGGUGGGAAGGGUGGGGAGGCCGGUGGGGGCUGGGAAGGCGAGGCAGUUGAGGUGGUUUAGUGGGACUGAGGGGGGUGGGAGUGGGGAUGAGGGUGGGGUGGGGAAAGAGAUGGUGGAUAAGAAGGAGGAAGGAAAGGACGGGGAGGGAGAUGGUUUGACGAUCAAUGGGUCUGUUCAUCCUGCUCUAAGGGAGAAUGGUCACGAAGACGAAUACAUCAACGGGUAUAACAACGAAGAAGUCUCACGAUGGAAAGAAGGAGUCAGAGGCGCAAGCGGCGGCAGCACCAGCACAGCGAGUUGGCGCUGCGAAACCGCUUCUAUCGUUGAACGGGAAAGUCGGGCUUCCAGCAUGGCCAUGGAUAACGAGGUCUACCAUACCGAAGACGACGACCAGGCAGUCGAUCACAACAACGACCAUGAAAUCGACAACCCGUUCGACGACCCCUCCAACUUCGAAUCCUCUGACUACUACCACUCCGACACCAAUGACUCUCCUACAAGGACAUCAAGACCGACUACGCCGGUCCACCCGCAGCGUACCUCCUCCUUAUCACCGACACAUGCCCCGAUCAAGAUGUCUGCACUUUCAACGCUACGCCUCGAUCCACCGCGCCGCCCACCACCGCCUGUUCGUCCACCGCCUCCGCCGAUGCCGUACUGUAAUAUGAAGCCGCCGGCGCCACGACCGGCACCUGUCAACAUCCCCUCGACUGGCAUGCCUAUGCCGCGGUAUAACAGACAAGGUACUACGUCUUAUGAAAGACAGUUGGGUCAGACGUCUGCUGUACCCACAUCGUCGUCCUUCAUCGAGAUGGUUAAACGGCAGGGGCAGGGGCGGGAUGUUGCAUUAUCGUCCUCCUCCAUCGAGGGGGAUGAGAAGCAGACUGAAAAGCAGAGGACUCCGAGCGUGAGUAAAGCAUCUCUCCUCCAAGAAGCCGUUCAGUCCCGUGGCGGUGGCGGUAAAACUGGACCUACGGGUCAACACACCUGCAUGUGGAGUAAAAGUAGUGGACAGAGUGUGAAGAGCAAGGAAGAAGAGGAGUGGGAUGAAGAAUUGAAACGGAUGGAGGGGAGGGAGAGGGCGAGGCAGAUUGGUGGGAAUGGGGGUUCCUAG